UUUCGAUUUGGGGGACCUCUGAGAGGAUUCAUCCUACGUCCAUUUGGAUUCAGAACGCUCUGGACUGUUCAUUGCAGUUGAAAUCUUUGGGCCUGGCUCUUAGCUCUUUGAAAGUUAAUUUGGCUGCAAUUUCAGCUUUCUACCCUCCUCUUUGGGGAAAGUUGCUAUUUUCAAAUCCUAUGGUAGGGAGGCUUCUGAAAGGCAUUGUCCAUCGUUUUCCACCAGCGAAGAGAAUGGUGCCGUUGUGUGCCAUUGAUGUGUCUGUUUGAGUCAAUAGCAACGUGCUCAUUGGCUCUUCGCUCCAGGAGAUGGCCUUUCUGGUAGCUAUCACAUCUACUAGACUAGUCAGGGAAGCCUUAUGGCAGCAGAUCCCCCAUAUACCCACUUCUUCAAAGGCAAGGUUGCUUCAAGACCACAGCCAAACUUUCUGUCAAAAGUGAUCUCUCCGUUUCACCUUAAUGAGGUUAUUUACUUACUGUAUUUUUUUCCCAACCCACACUUGGGCGUAGAAGAACGAUGCCUUCAGACCUUAGAUGUGGGAAGGUGCUUGGCUUUUUAUCUGGAAAGGACUAACCCCUUUCAUUCAUCAUCUCGCCUCCUCGCAUCUUACACUGAGCUGAAAGGGCCAUUGGUCUCCGCUAAGUAGAUAAGGCCGUGAAUUACUGCAGCUUCUGGAGCAGCUCAGAUUACGCCCCCAAAGUUGUUACGGGCUCAUUUGACAAGCGCUCAAGCAACAUCAACAGCGUUUCUUAGAGAUGUUUCCCUCAGUGGAUGGCUGCAGGGCUGCGUCUGGCUCUCCGUGCACACCUUUGCUAGCCGCUGCGCUAUCCCCGUGGCUUCUAGGGCUGAUGCACACUUUGGGGAGGCAGUUCUGCAGUCUCUGUUUAAAUAGACUCCGAGCCCCAGGAAUACACGUCUGCAGCCUCUCGAAGAAGAAAAGACUGUUACUCACCUGUGUUGGAGCCGUUCUUCGAGACGUGGCUGCAGACACACAUUUCACGCCCCACCUUGCACCCCCUCUGCAACAGAGGCUCCAGCCUGGGGUUUGGUGCAAAGGCCCCAAGGGGUCGCGGCAGCUCCGCCCUUCUAGAGCCAGGGAGGGACUGUGAGGCAGAGGGUGUGAGCGCUGCCCAUACGUGCUGCUAGGCGGAUUUCCCUGGCUUUGGUGCAUGGGUGUGCACACCCCUGAGUGGGAGAGGUGCCUGCAGCCACCCCUCAAAGAACAGCAGUUACCAGACAGGUAAGGAACCAUCUGCUGUUGUUGAUUUGUGCCGAAGGAGUUAAAAAAGCAGAACCACUUGGGGUACGAUUUCUGCAGUCACUGUCAUAUGCGAGUUGCAGGAGCUGCGUGUGUGUCUGCCCGGUCGGCUGGGGAGGAGCUAUGCACAGCAGCCCUAGUAACACACGAGAGGAAGGAGUGUGUGGCCAAGUGCGGGAGGGAGCAGUAGCAGGAGCUGGGGAAGCACCGUCAGCAGGAAGUCCCUUGCAGCGCCCAUCCUAAGCCCAGGCACCGGGCAUGCUCAGGGGUGCUGGCAGACCCGGCUGCAGUGCUGUGCCCAUGAAAAGGCCAAGCCCAGUGGCUGGUGUUCGGUUAUCCUCCCCCCAACAGCUGGCUGAGCCGUGGGGGACACCGAGAGCAGGGUGGUGGCAGGGGAGGCCAGUGAGGCCAUGCCGCUUUCUCUGCACCACUGGCUCUAGGAACGCCCUGUGCUCCAUCCGGCCAUUGUUAGAACAGGGCAGCUGGGUGACUCAGGCCUCCCAUCUAGACCAGCUGAACAUCUCGCCAGCCACGGAGGACUCUGCUAGGUCUGCCGGCCCGGGCUCCCCGGUGGCCCAGUGGGACGGAGCCUGCUGAGGAAUGGAGCCCAUGGGCCAGGCCUGGGCACUUCCCACCCACGGCUGCUGGAGGGAGCCGGCCCCCACACUGUGAUGGCGACCGUGCCUCCGCCCGGCCUGAAGUUCAAGCUCAUCCUGCUGGGGGACUUUGGGGUGGGGAAGACCACCCUGUUCCACCGCAUCCGGGCAGGGCGCUUCCUGCAGGGGGCCCACGCCCCCAACGAGCACCUGGCCGUCUGCAAGAGGACCGUGCGGCUCAGCCACCCCCAGACCCCCGGCCUGGUGCAGAUCUCCCUGUGGGACACAGCCGGCGAAGAAAGGUUCCUCUCCCUGAGCAGCUGCUACUACCGGGAUGCGGAUGCCGUGCUGCUGCUGUACAGUGCCCAGAGCCAGCUCUCCUUCGACAGCCUCCCGCACUGGGUCUACGUGGCCCGGCAGUACUGCCCGGACGCCCCCAUCUUCCUGCUGGGGAACAAGACUGACCUGGAGCCACGCCUGCCGGAGGACAAGGCUGAGAAGUUUGCCAUGGAGCACGGAGUAGCCGGCAGGUUUAAUGUGUCGGCCAAGACAGGAGAGAACGUGGAAAGGUGCAUGCAGAACGUGGUGCAGCUGCUUGUCCUCAAGAGCGAUGCUGGGAGCAGCAGGCUGACCGUGCAGCUGCAGGAGGCCGACUCCUCCAGCCCCUGUGCAUGCUGAGAGCCCUGGGGAUGCCUGGCAAACCCGCUCUGUGCUUCAGGAACCUGCUGGGGUCCCAGCCUGAGCCCGGAAAGUCACUGUGCCACCACCAGCCACAGCUCCUGCCGGACAUGGAGCCACCCUUGGAGAGACCCUUCUGCCCUGUUACCAGAACAUGCUGCCGGAUACUCCCUGCCGUGGGUGGUGAAGCACCUCGUGCCAUGCGGGCACCUUUGUCCCCUGAAAGGGGUGGCCAGACCCCAGGGCCUGGGCUGAGCCCCAGAUCUCUCCCCACGUCUGUGGUUUGUCCUCUUGCUGCUCACCAGCCUGUAGGGGAGGAGAGUGCCCCGCAGGGCCAGCACGUGGGCUGCACCUGGUCACUGGGAGACCCACGCGCACCCACUAGGCCCAGCAGGAAGCCAGGUCAGUGGGUAUGGGGACUGUUCUGUCCUCUGGGCCGGCAGCGAAGCAAUGUCCCCACCUGGUGCUGGAGGGCACUCUGGGUCCUGUAUGAGAGAUGGUGUGAAAAGCAGCCCCAGCUCCCUAGCGCUCAUUGCAAAUCCCAUUGUUCCCUGUGCAGGGUGGAGGGGUAUGUGACACUGUGUACCUCGGGGGAACACCAGCAGCCCCAUGUUCAUCCUUGUAAAAUGAUUGUGUAGGAUCCAAUGCAAAGUUUGCCAUGUUGGGUGUCUUCAGAAGGCUCCUGAUGCACUGAGCAGUGUUGUUACAGUGAUGUUAUAGGUUGUAAUUUCAUGUAUAUAGUUACAAGGCUGAAAAUGUGUCCUCAUGGCUUAAAAUAAGACCAGGCAAAAACUCUCCAAGAGCAGAGGGGCAGUUCACACCUCAUCAGGGCAGGUAUGGGACAGACCCAGCCCAGCCUCACAGGAACAAAGGACACUGGCCUAGACAGCAACAAAGGAUCUGUUGGACUCUGGGUCACCCCCUUCCCUUGGUCAGUUUAGGACUGCGACAAGGGAAUGUUCACCUGACUCUGAAGGGGGGGGCAAAGCCAAAAGGGAAGAAAGAACAUGAUAAAAAGGACAAACAUUUGCCAUGCUCGUUCCCUCUCUUUCUCCUGCAUCUACAGACACCACCACCAAGCAACUGAAGUGCUGAUCAAAGGGAGAGCCUGGCUGAAGGGCAGCCAGCCAGCCAGUGGUGAGACGCAUCUAAGUUUGUAAGGGCACUGAAAGUGUUAAGGUCAGCUUAGAAUGCGCUUUGCCUUAACUCAUUUGACCAAAUCCGACUUAUUGUGCUUUGACAAAAGAACAGCCACACUGGGUCAGACCAAGGGUCCAUCCAGCCCAGUAUCUGUCUGCCGACAGUGGACAAUGCCAAGUGCCUCCAAGGGAGUGAACCUAACAGGCAAUGAUCAAGUGAUCUCUCUCCUGCCAUCCAUCUCCAUCCUCUGAUGAACAGAGGCUAGGGACACCAUUCUUUAUCCUUCCUGGCUAAUAGCCAUUUAUGGACUUAACCACCAUGAAUUUAUCCAGUUCUCUUUUAAACGCUGUUACAGUCCCAGCCUUCACAGCCUCCUCAAGCAAGGAGUUCCACAGGAUGACUGUGCGCUGUGUGAAGAAGAACUUCCUUUUAUUUGUUUUAAACCUGCUGCCCGUUAAUUUCAUUUAGUGACCCCUAGUUCUUAUGGGAACAAGUAAAUAACUUUUUCUUAUUCACUUUCUCCACAUCACUCCUGAUUUUAUAGACCUCUAUCAUAUCCCCCCUUAGUCUCCUCUUUUCCAGGCUGAAAAGUCCCAGUAUCUUUAAUCUCUCAUCAUAUGGUCCCAUUCCAAACCCCCAAUCAUUUUAGUUGCCCUUCUCUGAACCUUUUCUAGUGCCAGUAUAUCUUUUUUGAGAUGAGGAGACCACAUCUCUACGCAGUAUUCCAGAUGUGGGCAUACCAUGGAUUUAUAUAAGGGCAAUAAUAUAUUCUCCAUCUUAUUCUCUAUCCCCUUUUUAAUGAUUCCUAACAUCCUGUUUACUUUUUUGACUGCCUCUGCACACUGCAUGGACAUCUUCAGAGAACUAUCCAUGAUGACUCCAAGAUCUCUUUCAUGAUUCAUUGUAGCUAAAUUAGCCCCCAUCAUAUUGUAUGUAUAGUUGGGGUUAUUUUUUCCAAUGUGCAUUACUUUACAUUUAUCCACAUUAAAUUUCAUUUGCCAUUUUGUUGCCCAAUCACUUAGUUUUGUGAAAUCUUUUUGAAGUUCUUCACAAUCUGCUUUGGUCUUAACUAUCUUGAGUAGUUUAGUAUCAUCUGCAAACUUUGCCACCUCACUGUUUACCCCUUUCUCCACAUCAUUUAUGAAUAAGUUGAAUAGGAUUGGUCCGAGGACUGACCGUUGGGGAACACCACUAGUUACCCCUCUCCAUUCUGAGAAUUUACCAUUAAUUCCUACCCUUUGUUCCCCAUCUUUUAACCAGUUCUCAGUCCUUGAAAGGACCUUCCCUCUUAUCCCAUGACAACUUAAUUUACAUAAGAGCCUUUGGUGAGGGAGCUUGUCAAAGGCUUUCUGAAAAUCUAAGUACACUAUGUCCACUGGAUCCCCCUUGUCCACAUGUUUGUUGACCCCUUCAAAGAACUCUAAUAGAUUAGUAAGACACGAUUUCCCUUUACAGACACCAUGUUGACUAUUGCUCAACAGUUUAUGUUUUUCUAUGUAUCUGACAAUUUUAUUCUUUACUAUUGUUUCAACCAAUUUGCCCGAUACUGACAUUAGAUUUAUUGGUCUGUAAUUGCCGGGAUCACCUCUAGAACCCUUUUUAAAUAUUGGCAUUACAUUAGCUAACUUCCAGUCAUUGGGUACCGAAGCUGAUUUAAAGGACAGGUUACAAACCUUAGUUAAUAGUUCCACAACUUCACAUUUGAGUUCUUUCAGAACUCUUGGGUGAAUGCCAUCUGGUCCCAGUGACUUGUUAAUGUUGAGUUUAUCAAUUAAUUCCAAAACCUCCUCUAGUGACACUUCAAUCUGUGACAGUUCCUCAGAUUUGUCACCUACAAAAGCCAGUUCAGGUUUGGGAAUCUCCCUAACAUCCUCAGCCGUGAACACUGAAGCAAAGAAUCCAUUUAGUUUCUCCGCAAUGACUUUAUCGUCUUUAAAUGCUCCUUUUGUAUCUCUUUUGUAUCUUUUGACUUAUAAUCACUUAAAAUUUAUCUUUGUAGUUAAUAAAUGUGUUUGUUUAUUCUA